UUCCCAUGAUCCACUCCUGGAUUUACAACAUGGCGGCCAGAGUCACUAUUGAGGCAUUUAGACUGCUUACAUCAUCCAGAGCGUGUACUUAUCGAUUUUAUGGCAGUCUCAGUUGCACGUGGUGUGUGUCCCUCCAAAGAUGGCGGUUUUGUACGCGAUAUAAUUCAACCUUAGCAGCUCCCUCGCCCGAUGAAUCGCCCAAGGAAUAUUCUGAAAAGAUCACAAAUAUUGUGGAUGAAAUAUCAAAACUUACACUCAUAGAAGUUGCUGAUUUGAAUGAGCUGCUAAAGAAAACACUCAAAAUAGAGGGUGCUCCAAUGAUGCCAAUGAUGGGAGCUAUGCCUGUUGCAGCUGCACCAGCCCAGGAGGUAGAUGCUGAACCGGAGAGACCUCCUCCAACAGAGUUCAUCGUCAGGUUAACUCAGUUUGAUGCUGCAAACAAAGUCAAGUUAAUAAAGGAAAUCAAGAAUCUUGUACCAGGGCUUAACUUAGUUCAGGCCAAAAAAUUUAUUGAUGAGCUACCAACAAAUGUGAAAGAAAAUGUGAGCAAAGAAGAGGCUGAAGAAGUAAAAAAGGCUUUGGAAGCUGCAGGAGGAACAGUGGAAAUAGAUUUUUGAAGCAUUGUACAAUUGGCCUGAUUUGUUAUUAAAAUUCACUUUUCAGUAGAA